AUGAGUACUAGAACUAAGAAAAGACCAACAAGUAAUCUCAACAAAAACUCUAAAACAUUCUCCUCUAACAAAGUGAAGUCUGCUGAUGAGUUGUCAUUCCUGAACAAGGACCAAUUGAAGAGUGAAUGCAGGAAGAGAGGCCAGGAAUCUACAGGAACCAAAACACAACUGCUUCAAAGACUGGGACACAAGAUGGCGGGACAAACUAAAAGAAGAGACGCCACCCCGCAGCAAAACGGGGACACUGUACAAAAUAACAUGAAAACAAAAAAACAAUCUGAACAAAAACGAAAGGAGAAGGAAAAGAAGGAUAGAGAAAGUUUGGUUUUGUGGAAGAGGCCUCUGGUAACUUUAGAAUAUUUCUUUAGGGAAUGCCUCCUUCUACUAACAACUUAUGGAAAAAAAAUCCUAGGAAAUCGAAAACUUGUUACAGUAGCCCUCAUCUCAGUAUUAGCAGUUUACAUUUUAUUGAAUUCCAAAGGUCCACAUCAACAAUUAGUACAAGGAACAUAUAGACAAUUGAUAUGGUGCUUAUAUUGGAUAGGCUUAGGUAUAUUGUCGUCAGUAGGUUUAGGAACAGGUCUGCAUACAUUUUUACUGUAUUUAGGACCUCAUAUAGCCCAAGUUACUCUAGCAGCAUAUGAAUGUGAAAGUCUCAACUUUCCUGAACCCCCGUAUCCUGAAGACAUAGUGUGCCCCAACGAACGGGACCCAUUGUCUAUAAGUAUUCUUAGUAUUAUGGCCAAGGUUCGCUUGGAGGCGAUGUGCUGGGGCGCCGGUACGGCCCUGGGAGAAUUGCCGCCCUAUUUCAUGGCCAGAGCGGCUCGACUGUCCGGAUUGGAUCCGGAUGACGAAGACGAUGAUUUGAAAGAGUUGGAGGAGCUCGAGAAGAAAAAGAAGAACAAAGACACUCUGACUCUGAUGGAAAGAGGCAAACUAUUUGUGGAGGAGAUUGUUCAGAAAGUGGGAUUCCUAGGAAUCUUAGCUUGCGCAAGCAUACCGAACCCCCUGUUCGAUCUAGCCGGCAUCACGUGCGGCCACUUCCUCGUGCCCUUCUGGACCUUCUUCGGCGCCACCUUGAUCGGCAAGGCCAUCAUCAAGAUGCACAUCCAGAAAUUGUUCGUCAUCAUCGCCUUCAACGAAACCCUGAUCGAAACGGCCAUCGAACGGCUGCAGCUGGUGCCCUUCGUCGGCGACAUGUUGCAGGUGCCCUUCAAGGCCUUCUUGGACGGCCAGAAGUUCAAGUUGCACAAGAAGAGGGCCGAAGGGGCGGCGGCGACGGCCGAGGGCGGCAACUUUUUAGGGGCCGUUUUCGAAAAGUUCGUCAUCGCCAUGGUGUUGUAUUUCGUGAUAUCCAUUGUGAAUUCGUUUGCGCAGUCGUACCAUAAGAGGUUGCACAAAAAGGGGCAUGCCAAAGGUAGUAAGGAGUAG